AUGGCAUUAAUUUCUAUGUCCCUUAGUGCCUUUGGCUCUAUAAUGAAGUCGUUGGCAUUAUUGCCACUUCUUGCACUUCUUCUUGGUUUGGGUUACACAUUUUGCAACGUCAUUUAUAACCUAUUCCUACACCCUCUUCGUAAAUACCCCGGACUAUGGCUUUGGGCAGUUUCCGAUAUUCCAUAUUCCUUGGUAUCGAUAAGUGGCAAUGCGCAUAAAACAAUGCUUCAAAUGCAUAUCAAAUAUGGGCCAGUUGUGCGUGUUGGUCCAAAUACCAUAUUUUAUAGCCAUCCAGAUGCCUCCAAAGAGAUUCGUGGUCACCGCAAGGGCAAUCGAGUGGAACACUUGAAAGAUCCCCAUCUACACUCUGGCAAUCAAAGCAAUGUCAUAGGCGCAAACCGGGAGAACCAUAUUCGCUACAGAAAAAGCCUGGCUCACGGCUUUUCGCAUCAGGCCAUGUUGGAUCAAGAGCCGGUCAUUCACAAGUAUAUCGAUAAGUUAGUAACAGCGCUCAAAACACAAUGCGCCAACCAAGAAAAAGUCGACGUUGUUAGGUGGUACAACUACACAACAUUCGACAUCAUUGGAGAUUUGGCUUUUGGUGAGCCCUUCUACUGUCUCGAGAAAUCAGACUAUCAUCCUUGGGUUGCGCUUAUCUUCUCUGGGGUCAAAAACAUAUCGUUUAUAUCUGUGUGCUCAAAGCACGGAGCACUGGGUAUGAUGCUGGCAUUACUUCUAAUGCCAAAAGAUUUACUAGCAAAGGGCACAGAACACCGUAGAUUGUCAAUCGAGAAAACGCGCAGGAGGCUCGAUUCGGGAUCAAGUCGACCGGAUUUUAUGACGGCAAUGACAACGACACGAGGAUCCGCAGAGGAAUUAACGUUCAACGAACUAGCAUCAAGCGCCAGCUUACUUAUCGCAGCUGGUUCUGAGACAACCGCGACAGCCCUAUCAGCAGCAACUUACUAUCUUGGACUCUAUCCAGAAACCUUUGGAAAGCUGGCUGCCGAAGUUCGCUCAGCCUUCCGCUCAGAAGAAGAGAUAAAGCUUACUAACUUGCAACACCUGAACUAUUUACAAGCGGUGAUUGAUGAGGCAAUGAGACUGUUUCCCUCGGCGCCUGGCACGCAGCCUCGUAUUAUUUCGCCCGGUGGCGACACAAUUGUCGGCAGAUACGUCCCGGCCGGUACCAUAGUUGGAGUAUGGAAGUGGGUGAAUCACCAUAACCCUGCCCAUUUCCACGAAGCCGAAUCAUUUAUCCCCGAAAGAUGGCUUGGGGAUGCACACUUUGAGAACGAUAAAAAAGAUGCAUUUAUGCCAUUCUCUGUUGGGCCGCGUAACUGUAUUGGACGAAACCUCGCAUACGCAGAGAUGAGACUGAUUCUUGCAAGAAUGGUGUGGAAUUUUGACAUAAAGCUUUCAGAAGAGAGUAUUGGGUGGGAUAUGAAAAGCAAAGUCUACAUGUUAUGGGAGAAAGGACCCAUAUAUGUCCACCUUACAAAACGACAAGAGAUUUAA